UUAACAAUGAAACCAAUUUUGAGAGUUUUGAUUUUGAUUUUCCUGGCGAUAUACGUCAAAAGUGCUCAAUCAGAGAAACAUCUGGUGAAAAGGCAAAUAUAUGGCGGCUGGGAAUCAAGCGAUAGUCAUUACUAUCCGUAUCAAGUUUACUUGAGAAGAAAUGGUUGGCAGAGACCUUCUUGGCUACCUACUGUUGCUCACUCAUUGCCAUACAUUACCAAUUGGUUUGCUAUGCCAUUUCACUGUGGCGGUGUCAUAAUAAGCGAAUAUCACGUGCUAACGGCUGCACAUUGUAUUUUGGGAUCUCCAGAAAAAGAAGUCAAUAGAAUUGAAGUCGUUGCUGGAAGUAACAAGCGCAUUGACUCAUCUGCAGUGGUGCACAAGGUGCAAUCAAUCGCUGUACACGAACAACCUCGGUUUUUCUACGAUAUUGGCGACAUUGCUGUUAUCAAAGUCGCAGAACCCUUUAAGUUUAGCAGUAAAAUACAGCCGGUUAAAUUACCAAAACACAAUUAUGUAGUUGCCCCUAAAACUCCUGUUGUUGUUACUGGAUGGGGCGAGACUGAAGAUAUGUAUUCGGUUGAUUAUUUGCACGUUUUGGUCAUGAGAGUGGUGGAAAUAGAACAAUGCCGAGAAUCUUGGUUGAAAUUGUAUCGACAAACUGUUCCGCUUCACUCAUACCUUUUGAAUUUCAAAAAGUUGGUUCACGAUUCCAUGAUAUGUAUUCAAGGUCGAACAGGUCAAAGCAUAUGCGCCGGUGAUUCUGGUGGUCCCGCUGUAACGAUUGACGGAGUACUGGUCGGAAUCGUCAGUUUUGGCAGUCGUCCUUGUGGUAAUGAGAACAAAACACCCGACGUUUUUACCCGAGUGGCUUACUACAUACCAUGGAUCAAAAAGCACACAGAGCCAGAGGUUGAAGUAGUUCAGUAAAUUGCAAUGAAGAUAAUUCAAUUGGUGGAGAGCGCAAAAGAAAUUUGCUUAAAAGUACAAAAAUUGUAAGAAUAAAAAAAUAUUCAAAAAACAAAUCACUGUCACUGCUUUGUCAAAACAAAAAUAGUUAAUUUCUCCAGCGAU